UCGCUUUCAAAGCAAUAUUGUCAAGUUUAUAGCCACUUCUUUUGUCCAAUAUUAGAAAGACAAACUUAAUCAAUAUUUUUUGAUCAAACAUUAACAAUAUGGAGAAGGUAUCUAAGGAAAUGCAGCAAGUCCUCCGCAUGAAAGGAGGGACAGAAGAUGCCAGUUAUGCCAAGAACUCCAAAAUACAGGCUGGCUUUAUAUCCGGGUCAAAACCAGUACUACUGCAAGCACUUAUUGAUCUUUGCGACGCCAAUCUAUCCGAUUGCAUGGUCAUUGCAGACCUUGGAUGUUCUUCAGGGCCUAAUAGUCUGCUUCCUGUUUCUGAAAUCAUAAGCAUAAUCUACAAGAGAUGCUCUGAGAAGUGUCGGCUGCAGCCGGAAUAUAUGGUCUUUUUGAAUGAUCUUCCAGCGAAUGACUUCAACACUGUUUUUAAGUCUCUGAUUGCAUUUCGAGAGAAAAUAAAGGCACAGAAUGGGCAGGAUUUUGGGGCUUGUUAUGUUGCAGGCGUUCCGGGUUCUUUCCAUGGGAGGCUUUUCCCCUCAAAAACCCUGCAUUUUGUGCACUCCUCCAGUAGCCUUCACUGGCUUUCCCAGGUACCUCCAGAGCUGACUGACAAAGAAAACCCAUUGAUAAAUAAAGGCAAAGUAUGCAUUUCAAAGACUAGUCCACCAGCAGUGAUCAAUGCUUACAGAAACCAGUUUUUGAAAGAUUUCUCUUCAUUUCUGAAAUCAAGAUCAGAAGAAGUUGUUUCCGGAGGACGUAUGGUUUUCACAUUCGGGGGAAGAAUAACUGCAGACCCGACUCUAGAUGAGAGCUGUUUGACAUGGGAUUAUCUUGGACUGGCAUUUCAGGACUUGGUUUCACAAGGUCUUAUAGAGGAAGAAAAGCUGGAUACCUACAAUACACCAUUCUAUGCACCAUACAUUGACGAUGUUCGAGCUGAGAUAGAGAAUGAAGGAUCAUUUGCGCUUGAUAAACUGGUGAUUACUACAUUUCCAUGGGACAGUUAUGGUGGAGAAAAGAAAAAUAACAGGCUAGCAACAGCACGAGCGGCUGCAAAGAUGAUGAGCGCGGUCAAUGAUUCGAUGAUUACUAGCCAUUUUGGGGAUGGAAUUCUGGAUCCUUUGUUUGAAAGGUUCAUUGAAAUCAUGGCAGCUGAUACAAAGGAAGCUGAGCAUGUCAUUCCUGUUGUUUCUUUGAUCAGAAAAGAUUGAUCGAUUAUGUGAUAGUACAAAAUGGAAGCCUGCAGAUGUUUUGUAUGUUUUAUCUGAGUUGGGUUUAUGAUCUGAGCUGAUUUAUAUGCCCAAAUAAAGAUGUAUAAAUGGUUUGUCAGUCUAAAAUAACACUUCAUUUCAAAUGGUAAGUGAGAACAAC